GCCGGCCUUACGCUUGGGGGCGACAUCUGGCGCCGCACAUGCUGGGCCCAAAACGUUUGUGGAGGGGUGCGCGGCUGCAGUUUCGACGACGAGCCACCAAUAUGCGCCCUCGUUCGCGGUAUAUAUGCUUAAAAUCUAUCUUCACGCUCGCGCUCAAAUCCCGCCCGACAUCAACCUGGAGCCCACUGUCGUCACUGUAACUUUUUACUUUUGGAUGUUUGCAGCAAUAAAGAAAUUCAUCCGACGAAAUUAUUUUGAGGGUGAAGAAUCACGCACUUCUUUUCGUAGAAUAUUAUCUGUCGCUCUUGACACGCGUAGGCGUUGACAGCAUUGAAAAAUCAUGGCAACCUCUCGACCUGGAAGUUCAGUCAUUGUGUGUCUGCGUUCGGAGCGCGGGACCCGUUCGGAGCGCUAUCCAGCGGCUAACGCAGUCGGCGCGUUUUUCUCUAUGCUGGAACCUGUGGUUUGUGUUAGGGAGGAGCACGUACAUGAUCAUGACCACGUCGAUGAAAGGCAACAAGGUGGAGCAAGCCGUUCAGGGACGUCGAGAAGCUCUUUCUACGCUUUUGAAGAUGAGGACAAGGAACCUGUUGAGUCCACAAGUUCGAAGAAGAAGGAGGAAGAUAUGAACGUUGUUCGAUAUUUCCGCAUAACUUUCGCGACUGCGGCUGGUGCAGCACGCGUGGCAAGCCGAAAAGACUUCAAAUUUCCCACUCGAGACGCCAUUAGCAGACCAGAUAGUCUUCGUGUUACGCUCGCGCGCUCUGUGCCGACCCCUCAAGUGUGAUUCUUGACGGUAGAAAGCGCACCAAAGUAAAACUUGCGAUCAGGAAGACACCGACGUAUUGCAUGUAGGCGCUUUAUCUCGCCAAGCAUGGCGCCAGAAUAUCGAUAGACACCGCCGUGCAUCAUGUGCUUUUAGCCCCUUGGAGGCCGAACCAUUUGCGCGAACUUGACCCUAGCAUAGCAUAGAGCUGUCCAACAACUACUACAGGACUCGGCAAGGCGGACGCGGGUCUGAUAUAACAAACUGAAAAAAUGACACCAGCAUGUGCAUUUUUUUGAAAAAGCUUGAAAUGGCUGAGUUAACAAUUACAAAUGAUUGAGGCUGGGACAUGAGAAAAGCUGGCGCAACAUAACUAAUCAAUUAUGUGCUUGUACUUGAGCUAGCGCUUGACUUUGAUAUAACUACCGAGGUCGAAGUAGAUCGAGACAUUCACAAUCUAUCAUGGUAGGUACGAAGUUUCCGCUUGCACUUGGGUGGCCGCCAGGCAGAGACGCAACGACUGAAAAAAUGAACAGAAAAUUUCUCGACCACGUUGCCAACAUCGAGGAUAUGGACAAGUUAGGAAAUUAUAACUCUGUUCAGACCGCACCCGCAGG